GCGGGGCUUGCUCGCGGCGGCUUGUGGCUCCUUCCUGCGCUUCCUCUCUCUUUCGCUCAGGCCCGUGUUCCCGGCAGGAUGGGCAAGUGCCGCGGUCUUCGUACGGCCAGGAAGCUCCGGAGCCACCGACGAGAUCAGAAGUGGCAUGAUAAGCAGUACAAAAAAGCCCAUUUGGGCACAGCCCUGAAGGCCAACCCUUUUGGAGGCGCUUCCCAUGCAAAGGGAAUUGUGCUGGAAAAAGUAGGCGUUGAAGCCAAACAACCGAAUUCUGCCAUUAGGAAGUGCGUCAGGGUCCAGCUGAUCAAGAACGGCAAAAAAAUCACAGCCUUUGUGCCCAAUGAUGGUUGUUUGAAUUUUAUUGAGGAAAAUGAUGAAGUCCUGGUUGCUGGAUUUGGUCGCAAAGGUCAUGCUGUUGGUGACAUUCCUGGAGUUCGCUUUAAGGUUGUCAAAGUAGCCAAUGUCUCUCUUCUGGCCUUAUACAAAGGCAAGAAGGAAAGACCAAGAUCAUAAAUUUUGAUGGUGAAAACACAGUAGUAAUAAAUUUUCAUAUGCCUAAAA